UGACAGACUGAGGUGAUGGCUGCGUUCAAGUUGGAUUUUCUUCCAGAGAUGAUGGUGGACCAUUGCUCCUUGAAUGCUAGCCCUGUCUCAAAGAAAAUGAAUGGUACACUGGAUCACCCAGAUCAACCUGAUCUAGAUGCUAUCAAGAUGUUUGUGGGUCAGGUCCCACGGAGCUGGUGUGAGAAAGAUUUAAGAGAACUUUUUGAACAGUAUGGUGCUGUCUAUGAAAUCAAUGUCUUGCGAGACAGGAGCCAGAACCCUCCUCAAAGCAAAGGGUGCUGUUUUGUUACAUUUUAUACCCGUAAAGCUGCACUAGAAGCACAGAAUGCUCUUCACAACAUGAAGAUUCUCCCAGGGAUGCACCAUCCUAUCCAGAUGAAACCAGCUGAUAGUGAAAAGAAUAAUGCAGUAGAAGAUAGAAAGUUGUUUAUUGGAAUGAUAUCGAAGAAGUGCAAUGAGAAUGAUAUCCGAGUGAUGUUCUCCCCCUUUGGGCAGAUUGAAGAAUGCAGGAUAUUACGGGGCCCAGAUGGGCUGAGCCGAGGUUGUGCAUUUGUGACUUUUACAACAAGAGCCAUGGCGCAAACUGCAAUCAAAGCAAUGCACCAAGCGCAAACCAUGGAGGGUUGCUCUUCUCCCAUUGUGGUAAAAUUUGCAGACACGCAGAAGGACAAAGAGCAGAAACGAAUUGCUCAGCAACUCCAGCAACAAAUGCAACAGAUCAGUGCUGCCUCUGUAUGGGGAAACCUGGCUGGUCUCAACACGCUUGGACCGCAAUACUUAGCACUUUAUUUGCAGCUCCUUCAGCAAACAGCAGCAGCCUCAUCUGGGAACCUGAACACGUUGAGCAGCCUCCACCCAAUGGGAGGACUGAAUGCGAUGCAGUUACAGAACCUAGCUGCAUUAGCAGCUGCAGCCAGUGCAGCUCAGAAUACACCAAGUGGCACCGCUGCACUCACCUCCUCCAGCAGUCCCCUGAGUGUGCUCACCAGCUCAGGUAAGAGACUGCCUAUGCCAUAGUGGGUUAUGACAUGGGUUGCCUUGGGGAGUCAUUUCAGGAUUGAUGUAAUCUAUUUUGUCUAUCUCUGUCACUGUUGUGUUGAUAGAGACCUUUAACUGAUGUCUUUAAUGUCUUCAAUAGAUAGGAGUUCUACCUGCAGAUUCACUGCUAUUUGCUUAGGAUA